UAACUGCAAAUCUCAUUCAUUCACGCACGGAAACACGGCGGCAAAGGGGUCUUGUCUUGCACACACAGGUGUGUAGAAAAGGCGGCAGGUAUGUCAUCCAUCCAUCCAUCCCUCCCCUGCCUGCGCACUUAAACUACACACCCAGCUAGCUACACAGACGGCCUACGCAGCGACAGACCUGCCUACAACUGAUCUGUACACACACAACACACACGCACGGGCCGGUCAGUGAAUGUAGAUAGACACAUUAACAUUAAGAGAAACAGACAUACGGCUCUCUCUCCCUAUCUGCUGCACUCGACACCUAGUGUCACCCCGACAGAGGUCUGGAUCGCACGCACAGGCCGCACGGUCAAUCUGCUCCUCUCAUGGAGCAACACUAAGUGUCAGGGGAGCCGACUCCGUCCGCUAGACACACGCCAUGUGAAGCCUUCUCGCCGUGAAUGAGAUGGAUGCGAUGUGGACAUCUCAUCUCUCUAUACGGCCCGCUUCUCAGUGCCCGGCGGCUUCGCAAAUGCAGCAGAGGAUGCGUGGGCGGCCGGCUCCACGCCGGCAGCGACGCCCUGCCGCACCUUCUUCUCCUCGCCGCCAGGGGACACCCUGAUGCGAUGCGCACACACACAAGGAGGCGAUGGACGGGUGGAUAUCUGUGUGGAGGCAGGGCUGUGUGUGUGUGGUCACUACUUUCGUUGCUUCUUGAGGUCUCGGAGGAAAAGGAAGAACCAGAAGGCGAAGGCGACUGCGUGGAUGAGCACCAGCACCUGCACCACUAUCAUCAGCUCGUGAGGCACCGACUGCACACACACACACACACACACAGACACACACACACACACACACACAGAGAGAGAGAGAGAGAGAGAGAGGACACCACACACAACACAUCCACAGAGGAUGAUGCAUGGUGUGCUGUGGUGAGCUGCGCUGACCUCGAGGACGCUCAUUUUGACGGACCAGAGGAAUGACAGCACGGCACCGCUCUCGCUAGGCCGCUGGGAUGACGUGGCUGAGCGGAUGAACGGACGCGCCUGUGGCAGCUCAGACCCGCUCAUCGGGAGACGACGCACACAUGCUCAUCAGCCGACCUGACCUGAGGACGGCAAGAUGCACAGCACAAAGAUGCCAACCAUAUUCUUGCCCUGCCCUUGCCUGGCAUCCG